UGUGCGUGUUUACGUCAGCAUAACGGAUAUAUGACAAAAGCGAGCAGUGAGGUAGUGGUCCCUGAAACAUUUACUUCCCCUGGGCCGACAAGUAGGAGAUGAGUGGGCAUGGGGCCGUCCCUGUCCCCUGAGUCCAGUCACGCCAUUACAGCGAGUCGGUUGCAGCGUUAACGGGACACACAGGGGCAACUCGCCUCUAUAUUUAUUACAGAGAAGAUGGCGGAGUUCUCGCCUGUAUUGCCGAUGCGGGAUGGAGGAGGACGAAUUGGCCAGCCCAUCUUCCCUCGGUCCAGGUCCGGUUCCGAGUCAGAGAGCGAACUGUCCCAGAGCCUCGCACGGACCAAGAUCCGUUCGUACGGAAGCACAGCCAGCGUCACGGCCUCUCUGGGGGAAAAGUACAUAGAGCAUCGCGUUACAGACAGCGACACCCUGCAAGGGAUCGCUCUGAAGUACGGUGUCACGAUGGAGCAAAUUAAACGAGCGAAUAAGUUGUUCAGCAAUGACUGCAUCUUCUUAAAGAACAGCCUCAACAUCCCGGUGGUGUUGCAGAAGCGCUCCAUAUUUAAUGGACUGUCUCUGGAAUCUCCUGAUGGGGACAGUGAAGCAGCGUGCCAGGGCGCAGAUAUGCCCUGUAUUAUAACACAAGACAUUGAGGGGCCGUCGCCACCCCCCUCCCCACUCACUGAGGAUUCUAAACCUCCUCAGCCCCAGUCCCAACCAGAGGAGCUGUCAGCCAAAGACUUCUUACACAGACUGGACUUGCAAAUUAAACAGUCAAAGCAGGCUGCAUGCAGACUGAAAGAGGAGGAAGUAAGGAGCAAAGAGGAGAACUACAUGGCCCCCACAACAUCAUACCAGUAGACAUGAAGAGGCAGCCUAUUGCUGCUGGAGCCCUGUCUUCAACAUACGCUCACACACACAUACACAAGCACUACCACAGCUUAGACUCUUUGGUAUUGACGUUUUUUUUGCUUUUACCAAACCAUGAUGAAAAAAAGUGUCAGUUUGCCU